AUGACGACGACGACGACCGCGAUGAUGAUGAUGCUCAAGCCGCUGGUAGGCCGCCUGGCCCGACGGCCAUGGCGAUUCAUCUUCCCCGGCCUCCUCGUUUUCUUCCUCGUCUUCACACUCUCGCGCCGCACCCCACACAGCCAGCCGCCGGUGCACAAGACCAAAACGAAGUCUUUCUUCCCGCCGCUCGAGAGCAAAUCGGCCAACUCGAUCGAGCUCGACUACUGCCAGAAUUUCCCCGUCAAACUGCUCGAUGAGAUCCAGGUGGUGCUCAAGGUGGCCUCGAGCGAGGCGUCGACGACCAAGGCCCAUCUGAGCACCGUCUCCAGCUGCAUCACCAACCUCAUCAUCGCCGGCGACAGCGAGGAGCGCCUGGGCGAUCGCCACAUCAUAGACAUCCUGGCCGAACUGCCCAAGAGCUACGAGACGAACAACCCCGACUUCAAGGCCUACGUCGAGCAGAAGAAAGCCCACACCGAGGGCGAGACGGUCAAGGAACAGCAGCGCGCCUUCAAGCUCGACCGCUUCAAGUAUCUGCCCAUGGUCGACAAGGCCUACGCGGCCAACCCCACAGCUAAAUGGUUCGUCUUUCUCGAGUCGGACGUCUACUUUUUCUGGGACACGCUGUUCCGCCUGCUCAGCCAGCUUGACGCCGCAGAACCGCAUUACUUGGGCGCCCCACACAAGGGCUCCGACGGCCGCUGGUUCGCCUAUGGCGGUGCCGGCAUCGUCCUUUCUCAGGGCCUGCUGAAGCAGCUCAUCCCGGCCAAGACUGUUGGGGCCCCCGACGUUGCGCAUGAGAGCAAGCUGGCCACGCGCUUCGAGAGCUGGGUCAAGGAAGAGCAGCGUGGUGACGCCGUCCUUGCCUAUGCCAUCCAGAAUGCUACGGGUCACAAGCUCCAGGCGCUGUACCCGACCUUUGCAAGCGACCCUCUCAAGACCGUCACUACAACACGCGAUCGCUGGUGUGUUCCCAUGCUUUCGCUGCACCAGCUCAAGCCAGAGGAGAUGGAAAACCUGUGGAAGUGGGAGCGGACGCGGCAAUACAAUACGAAACCCUUCACCUACUCCUCGCUUCUCUCUUACACACACUCCUUCCUCUCUCAAGGCCCAUCUCGCGAGUGGUGGGACAAUCUCUCCACGGCUCCCGUGCCCAACGACCGGCCUGCGCAUCGCAAUGCGGGCUCAUGCGGCUCCGAAUGCGCCGCCGACAACAACUGCCUCCAAUGGUCCUACUCGCAGACCGUCUGCCGUCACGCCGACUACAUCAAGCUCGGCGAUGCUGUCGACCGAGAAAAUGGCGGACAGGGUGAGUUCGUUUCAGGCUGGGAUACCGGCAAGCUACAGAGUCUCGGCUUCGGUGUCGAGGACAAGAACGGGCAAAGGGAGUUUUACGCAGGAUGUGACGAGGCUACAUGGUUGACUCCACAGAUUAUGCAAAACUGA